AUGGAUCCAGUUACCAUAAUUGGUCUCGUCCAGACCUGCUACUUAGCCGGCGUUAAGGUCAUCGAAAUAUGUUCAGCCUGGAAGAAUGCGGCAACGGAAGUGCAAAGCCGAGUGAUUGCAGUCGAGGCCUGCUGGCACAAGACACAGCUGCAGGUGAAGCUAGUCGGGAACAUCACGUCUCUCAUGGGCGCCGAACUGUCGCAAAUGAUGGACGAGAUCCUGAGGGAGCUCUUUCACAAAUUAUCGGAGGCAGCGAGCACUCUGCAAAAUGUCAUCCAGCGAGCCUCAACGUCGAAACCGAAUGUCUUCCGGUUCCGGUUCAGGGCUAAGGCAGCCUGGGUUUGGGAGAAGGAGGCACUCGACAGUGUCAUAUGCGACCUGGAGGAGUGGCAACGGCGAUACGACCCGACUUGGUUCCUUGUUAUCAAGCUUGCAAGCCCACUUGUCGAUGUUGAACUUGCAAAGGCAGCGGCCGCGGAGCCCAAGAUUCAGGGCGUUCCUACAGCUGCCAGGAAUCCGCUUGCGCUGGCCGAGAGGGUACGAAAGGUGCAGUCCCCGACCACCGAGCAGAUGAAAUCGGUCUUUCUUCCGUCGUCGGACAUGGAAUGGAUGGAUAUACCGUUUUCCGAGGCAAAGGGAGGGCGUAGACCCCAGGAGGCUAGGUGGUAUAUUGUCGAUACGAUCGAGGUUGGGGAGGCCGCUCGAGUCCGCGAUGUUGCCCAGGACGUGCGAGUCCUUGCUGCGAAGUUGGCCCAGGCAGAUCCGCUGGCGUUUGGUCUACUGAAUUGUAAAGGCGCCAUUCCGUUGAGGCAGCAGCCUGUUUCUCAGCCUGCCGCACAGAACGCAGAACUGACAGCCCCUGCUCCUCCGUCUCGGGCCCGGUCGCGGUCGCCAGGGCCGGGCCAGAAUGAUUAUACGCACUUUCAGAUCAUUUUUCGCAUACCAGACGGCAUCCAAUUGGAGGACUUACAGUCCCUUCGACAGCUGUUGCUGAAUUCUGAUGCUCAGAUGUCGCUGUCUCGAAAGGUGCACAUGGCGCGCGAGCUCAGUAAGGCGGUCCACUAUGUGCACACCCUUGCCUUUGUGCAUAAGAACAUUCGACCCGAGUCCGUCCUGUGUUGCGAAGUCCCGGAAGGAACGGGAACUCGUAGCCACUCCUUCCUUGUCGGCUUCGACGCGUUCCGUGCGGUGGAUGCCGGGUCGUUGAUGGGAGGCGAUAUGAGUUGGGCUGGCAAUGUCUAUCGGCACCCGAGUCGUCAGGGUGCGGACCCGUCCCAGAAGUACAAGAUGUAUCAUGAUAUCUACAGCCUGGGUGUGUGCCUUCUCGAAAUAGGUCUCUGGGAGUCCUUUGUCGAAUACGAGGACACGCAAGGUACUGGCGGUGCUUCUCGUGCAAAAUUUGGAAAGACGUACAACGACUUUGGAGCUUGGUGUCAGCGUCAAAAGUUGGCACCGUCAUUUGAUGCGGUCGCGACCGGGCUGAAGGAGUACUUGGUCGAGCAGGCAAAGACGAGGCUGGCGCCGCGGAUGGGGGACAGGUACUCGCAGGUGGUGGCGGCGUGUCUGACAUGCUUGGAUGACGACAAUGAUAGUUUCGGUGGGCCAGAGGAACAAGGGGAAGGUCAUGUCGCUGUGCAGUUUGUAGAAGUAGUCUUGAAGACUCUUGACAAGAUUUGUGUGUGA